AUGGUGCGUUUAAUCAUAAUUAAAAUAAUUAAACCUAGAUUGUAGGGUGCAUUAAAUCAUAGUCCAAAUAAUUCGCCCAAGAGUGCAACAUAAUCAUUUCACACAAAUCAUAUUACCUAUACUGGUAUCUUCCUUGAAUCUUCUCCUUCCACCUACGGUAAAUUAAUAUUCUUUGAUUUGACCUUCUACAACCUUUAAUAUGUUUUGCUGAAGUUCUAUAUAAGUAGCUAGAAUGCUUUUGAGAACCCAUCAAACAUUACCAAAAAAACCGUAGUUACAUGUCUACGAUAUUUCCCUGAUACACUCUUUCAUUUUGGUUCACCUUCAUCUUUGAUUUUAUUUUUCAUCACUUUCAAAAUGAAGAUUCUGGGUGCAGGGUCCCUUCAUCUUAUCUAUGCACUCCUGGUUUUACUACACAUGCAAACUUCAAUUGGAUCCAAUUCAACAACGACUGAUGAUGGAGUUAAGUGCAUAAAUAGCGAAAGACAAGCUCUUCUCGCAUUUAAGCAAGGUCUGGUUGAUGAACAUGGAUGGCUUUCCUCAUGGGGCAGUGAAGAAGAGAAAAAGAAUUGCUGUGAAUGGGAAGGAGUUCAAUGUAGCAACACAACUGGGCACAUCACUAUGCUUAAUCUAACCACAUAUUUGUAUGACGAUCAUUUUAUCUUAAGAGAGUCUAUUGGUUUACUCAACAAAAUACAACAUCUUGAUCUUUCUUAUUGUAAUCUAAGUGGAUCUCUUCCUAGUCAGCUUGCAAACCUCACAAGUCUGCAAUAUCUUGAUCUUAGCUCUAAUAACUUCAACAGUGUCAAAAAUCUUGAGUGGCUCUCUCGUCUUUCUUACUUGCAAUACCUUGAUCUGAGUCAAACCGACCUUAGUAAGGUCAACAAUGACUGGCUGCAAGUAAUUAAUAAGCUCCCUCAUCUAACUAACCUGUCUCUACAUAUAUGUAAUCUUCGAGAUGUCAUUCCCCAGUAUUUCCCCAUAAUUAAUUCUUCUAGGACUUCUCUCGUUCACCUUGGUCUAAGCGGUAACAAUUUGACUGCUUCUACAUUCCAAUGGUUGUUCAACUUUAGCAACAGCCUUGUUAGUCUCGACUUGGGUUCUAAUCAAUUUCGAGGUCCAAUUCCAGAAACUUUUACUCAGAUGACUCUUCUGGAAGAGUUAUCUCUCUAUGAUAAUCAGUUUGAGGGGGAGAUUCCAAAAUCCUUUUGGAGUCGUAACUUGUCAUCAUUGCGAUCCUUGGCUCUUUCAAAAAAUAAACUGAGUGGUAAUAUACCCAAAAGCAUCGGAUUGCUAUCAAAUCUUGAGGACUUAUUUCUUUCUUUCAAUUCUUUUAAUGGGGUGAUCACUGAGGAACACUUCUCAACACUAUCUAAUUUACAAUACUUGAGCUUGUCUUCAAAUCAUCUGAGCAUCAACUUCAGCCGUGACUGGAUUCCUCCAUUCCAGUUGAAAUAUAUUCAUCUUGGGUCUUGCAAGUUGGGAUCCGAUUUUCCAAGUUGGUUACAGACCCAAAGGAAGUAUGAGUUUCUUAAUAUUUCUGCAACUAGAAUUUCAAAUAGCAUCCCCAUCUGGUUCGGUAAGCUGCCUUCUACGGCAGAAGUUAUAGAUCUUUCUUCCAACCAGAUCAGUGGAGUUCUUCCAAAUUUGUCAAGGAAUUUUUCAUCUAAUUAUUAUGCCCUUGGGAUAGAUUUAAGUGGAAAUCGUUUGGAGGGUCCAUUACCGUCAUUUCCUGCUAAUACCACCCACUUAAACCUCUCAAAAAAUAGGUUUAAUGGGUCAAUUUCUUCUCUCUGUGCUAUGACUGGUAUGUCUCUUGAGUUCCUCGAUCUUUCAAGCAAUCAACUAUCUGGAGAGCUUCCCGAUUGUAUGAUGCAUUGGUCAAGUUUGCAAAUUUUGAAUUUGGCUAACAAUCACUUCUUUGGAAAAUUUCCGAGCUUUGUGGGAUCUCUCUCUUUGAUUGAAACGUUUGAUUUGCAAAACAACAACCUCUCUGGGAAAAUUCCUUGCUCUUUAAGGAACUGCAGUAAAUUGCAAUUUCUGGGUUUGAGUAAUAAUAGACUGUCUGGAAUAAUACCAAGUUGGAUUGGAGAAAGGUCAAAUUCACUAAAUUUCCUCCUCCUAAAAUCUAAUCAUUUUGUUGGAGAAAUCCCACUGGAGAUAUGCCAGUUGACAAAUAUUCUGCUGCUGGACCUUUCUUAUAACAACCUCUCCGGACCCAUACCAUGGUGCAUUGGUAAUCUGACUGCUUUGGCCAAAAAAGACAUUUCAGCCAAACAUCAUUUCUGCAAUUCUUCACUUGUUCAUAGUUAUUAUGAUAGUGAAGGAAGCUAUGCUGACAAAGCAUCUGUUAUAUGGAAAGGAAUAGAAUAUCCUUAUGAAAAUCUCACACUUCAGAGGACCAUUGAUCUCUCAAGCAACAAACUAACUGGAGAAAUUCCUAUGCAAAUUGCUAGCUUUUCUGAACUGCAUCAAUUGAACUUAUCAAGAAACCAUUUGAUUGGAAGGAUACCACCAGAUAUUGGGCAGAUGAGACAAUUGGAAUCACUUGAUCUCUCACACAACAGGCUUUCAAGCUGGCUUCCUCCAAGCAUGUCCCAAUUAUAUUCCCUUAGCACAUUGGACCUGUCAUAUAACAACUUUUCUGGGAGAAUUCCAUCUAGCACUCAAUUGCAGAGCCUUCCUGCUUCUGCAUUUAUUGAGAAUCCUGCACUCUGUGGACCUCCUCUACCGCAAAAAUGCCCCAGUGAUGAAAAGCCUAUGGAUGGUGGUGUCAAAUACAAUCAACGAGACGAAGAUGAAUUCUGGAAAGGGUUCAAACCCAGUAUGGAAGUUGGAAUGGCUUUUGGCUUUCUAGGAGUUUUGGCUCUCAAAUUAGAUGAUCCCUGGAAACAUAUUUGUUUCCUGUUGUUCAACUACAUGAAGGUUCACCUCAGCAACUUGAAGGACUACCUCCUUUCGAUUGUGGCAGCACUUUGUUUGGUGAUAGCUGUGAAAGUUGCUAGAUUGCGAAGAAAGUCGAAGUUUUAGGAGCCAUCCGUAGGUAGGUUCAAGAUGAUUGUUCAGGGACUUCAAGGACUGCUCUUGAGAAGUGAAAUUCCAGGGCUUCCUUUUUAGGCUACCACGGUCUUUGGAACAACCUUUUUUUAUUUCCUAUGUGUGUAAUAAAUUAUGGUUUGUUUGUAUGUUUUAUGGUUUUAUGUAUGUAUAAUUAAUUUCAUCAUCUAGUUUGUAAGGAAUGAAGAACAAGUUAUGUG